UAGGACGACCGCUAUUUUUCCCUGUAGUAGAUUCACGUGUCAAGAAAAAGCGCUUAUAGCAGUCGACGUGGUAUAUACCUCCAGCGGCAACAAGAUCACCGGUAUUUGUUAUUCUUCGAGAAACGUCAUUGCCCCAUUCAUCAUUCCGCUUUUUAGCAGCAUCCAGAAUUGUAGUAGAGAAUUCUAAACUGCGAACCGGGUAUAUCUCACGACGUCUUUCUUUAGGUUUUUUCUUUUCUUUGGCAUAGAAUUCAUCAUCUAUUCGUUCCGUACAGAAGAGGCACUGUGAAUUAAAAUCGAACAGCGGCUGCAAUGAGCGCAAGCCAGGUGUUACAGCAGAAGACGUAGAUGGCCUUGAUUCUCUUAGAUCAGCAAUUAUUGAACUGGUUCGUGUGUAUCGUUUUCUACAAUUACUAUGAACAACAACACUAUUACUAUGAACAACAACACUUUUUACGCCUGCCAGCUGAAUAUGUUUUUCGUCCUUUCUAUGUUUACUAGCCUUUAUCAAGCUUUCAAUACCUUUUAGGGAUACUACAACACGGUCACUCGUCACUUCCUUUUCACAGAUUGUACACUUAUCAGUCAUGAUGGUUGCAUUUUUUAACAAAUAAACCAACGAAAUAUUAACUAUUAACGCGACACAUUUGCGAACAAAAGCAGGGUGCGCAUUCCGUAAGCGUUGUGAGCGUACUGGCGAGUGUCGAGCGAGGCCGCGUAAAGGUGGGUUCCCACGACCCGUGUUAUUACAGGCCAGGCCGGAUCGCGCCACGUCUGUGGAUGCCUGUGCGGCUGAUUGCGUCUCGCGCCGAGCCAUUCCAACGGCGCGAGUCGGCCUGUACCCGCCUGUCGUUAACGCCAGUCCAACAUGUGUGAUGAUACGGAGCGUAUGGCUGCGUGUGCAGCCGCUGUGGUUUUAUUCAGUGGUCAACUUUUGAUAAACCAAGCAAAAAGAAAGCAGAAGAAACGACGCUGGUGGGUGUCGUCAUUCAACAAGAGCCGAUCAAGAUAUAAUGCAACUGAUAUGCUGAGUGAUUUUGUACGGGAACCUAGCAAAACAUUUGAAAAUUUCUGCAGAAUGUCUCAAGAUGAUUUCACAUUCCUUCUAAAUAAGAUUGGUCCUCAUAUCUCAAAGAUUGAUACGAACAUGAGACAGUGUAUACCGACUCAAGCCCGAUUUGCUAUUGCACUCAGAUUUCUGGCUACUGGAGAUAGUUACAAAAGCCUCUCAUACUUAUUUAAGGUUUCAAUACAAACAGUCUCAAGAUGCGUUGACGACGUCUGCAAAGCCAUAAUGCAAGAAUUAAGGGAAGAAAUAAAACUGCCACGGUCAUCACACGAAUGGUUGGAGAUUGCAGAAGAAUUUAAUGGCAAGUGGAACUUCCCUCAUUGUAUAGGGGCACUAGAUGGAAAGCAUUGCGUGAUGCAAAGUCCUAUUCACAGUGGAUCAGAAUAUAUCAACUAUAAAGGAACAUUCAGCAUUGUACUUUUAGCUUUGGUUGACGCUGACUACAACUUUAUUUUUGUGGAUUGUGGUUGCCAGGGAAGAAUAAGCGACGGUGGUGUGUACAGAAACACGGAGUUCCACAAAAAACUAUGUCGUUCUGAACUGGAUAUACCACAGCCGGAUUUUUUACCAUCAAAAGAAGAAAAGAUGCCCUACGUUUUCGUAGCUGAUAGUGCAUUUGCCCUAACUGUUAACAUGAUGAAGCCAUAUGCUGGGAAUCAUAACAAAGGAACAAAAGAAAGAGUCUUCAACUAUCGCUUGUCAAGAGCUCGACGAAUAGUCGAAAACGCUUUCGGAAUCAUGUCUUCUGUUUUCAGAGUACUAAGGAAACCUAUUCUCUUACAACCCGACAAGGUAACGGACAUAGUUAUGACUUGUGUCUUAUUACACAACUUUCUAAGGAGAUCUAAAAAAUCAAGGCAAAUAUACACACCAGUGGGCAUCUUCGACACUGAUCAUGAAGGGGUUAUUCAACCCGGCUCUUGGCGAAAUGACCAAGAAGGAAUGAGUUCCCUACUACCACUGAGAUCUUUACCAAGAAGAGCUGCUGUUACUGCCAAGAGCGUAAGAGAUAAAUUUGCUGAAUACUUUGUAACUAAUGGCGCAGUUUCGUGGCAGAAUAACUAUUCAUAGGUUAACCAAGGCAUACGGGAAUCGGCCUUUGUACAGUCAGCCACAGGUCAACCUACCCAUUUCCGGUCGUCCUGUCAUGUAAAAAAGGGUCACCUAGUUAAUUACAAAUACCUUGGAGAGUAUGUACUCAGCUUAUGUAAGCUAGCUCUUUGAAUUAAAAAGUAUCUGAGAACUAUCUCAAGUAGUUAAAUUUUCUUUCACAUACUCUUUAAUUAAAAGA